GCAUAGUAUAAACAAAUGUAAUUCAAAAACAAUAUACGUAAACCACCAAGAUUAUGAACUACACAUAAAAACAGUCAGUAAAACGGAGCACAGACUAAUGGAAUGUGUAAAAUAUGUGCAGAUAUAUGGGGUCAGUAUCAUUUAAACACAAAAUCCAGUUGCCAAAACGCAUUCUACGAGUGAUUUUAUUACAUUUAACCAAAUAGUACUCCGUUAUUUUCUCGAUUUUCAUCAGAACCACUAUGGCUACUGCUGACGAUGAGAAGACAUAAACGGAUUUUUGAAAUGGUGAUGAAAAUAUCAUAAAAUUAGGCAAAUGUGGAAGUGUAUUCACUGUUCUUUUUUAUAUGAAUGUCGCGUGAAUUGUUUAAAAAUUUUUAAAAUAAUUUUACUUAAUUAAGCAAUUCUUUUCAUCAUCAGCAUCCAUCGAUACCUCCCAAGAAGGAAACCAGUCUUAACCUACACACCACGCAAAGAAAUAGUGAUGCUUCAAGGAAAACAGUGUGAGGAUUUACUGCCCAUCAUCACUACGAUAUCCCUUGUAUUAUUCAUUGGUUGUGUGGUUACACGCUUCUACGUCGACCAAAUUCACACAGCUUUAAUUGCACGCUUCUUCACCCUCGUCCCUGACAGUCUUGUGUUUGAAAGUUUCAGCGGAAACGAUACAGCACUUAACACAUCACUUUACCUUUACAACUUAACCAACGAGCACGCCGUUCUCAAUGGCGCCAAACCAGUUUUCACGGAAGUUGGACCGUUUCGUUAUAAGAAGCAAACAUUUAAGAGUGAUGUGAAAUUUUCUGAUGAAUCACCUCCAAGAUAUCUUCAAUACAAAGCCACUACGUACUAUUUUCAAGUUCACGAUGAAAUGUCUGCGGACCCAUUUGUCGGCAAAGUAACUUCUUUGGAUCUUUUUACCGCAGCCAUGACGUUAAAAAGUAAUGCUAUUACACAAUUUGUCGACGCUGCCCCAUUUAUUACACGACCGCCUUACGAAAUAAUUUGGGGCUACUCAUACGGUCUUAUAAAAGCAUGUGGUCUCAUGAGCAUCUGUCCGAAUUCAAAAAUAUCCGUUUUUGUUACUGAGAAUGGGACAUCAGAGAAUGAGUUUGUUAUUAAAACUGGAGUCGAUGAUAUUAAUGAGCUUGGAAAGGUGGUGAAAUUCAAUGGCCAAAGUGUUCUCAAUGUAUGGAAAAGUGAAUAUGCGAACUAUAUUAAUGGUAGUGAUGGAUUUUCCCUGGGGCCAGGACUCACUGUCGGUUCGCAAAGAUAUUUAUUUGCCCAUGGCGCUUGUCGUUCUGUAAUGAUGGAGGCUAUGAAAGAAGUACCCCACCCCGCCUAUCCUGAAUUGAAGGUGUUAUUGUUCGAACCGGCUUCAGAAGAUAAAAUGGACCACAGUGUUUAUCCAUCACCACAAGAGUUUUGCCAAGGUCAGAGUUACGAACCGAAGUGCGCUCCUAAAGGCUUCGUGGCAUUAUCUCCCUGUUUGAAAAACAACAGCUAUCUACCAAUUUACGGUUCACAAGGACAUUUCAUCGGUGCCGACCACAGCAUUCGCAAUCGAUUUCAUGGGAUUCCAGAACCAGAUUACAAUCUGGACAGAACAUAUAUGCUGGUAGAUCCUGUGACGGGAAUCACGUUGGGGGCUCACCAAGUUCUGCAGUUAAAUUACUACAUAGACAAUCCAAGUCUGAAAAGCUUACCAUAUCAAAAUAUGGCUGGAAACCUGUUCUUUCCGAUUAUGAGAAUUGUAAUGGAUGUCAGUGCGGAUGUAGAUGCCUUGAAAACAAUACACACUCUGGUUCACGGCAGCAAAUACUGGAUCAAUAUUGCAAUCUACAUAUUCGGUGGAUUGUGUUUGGUCGCAUUCUUCGCUACGAUGGCCAUAAUACUCAAAAUGAAUCGGAAUCGCUCGUGAUACUGGCUGUUAUCUGUCAAAGAUUUGAAAUCCAAUAUGUGGGAAUCGUGAAGAAGCGGAAUAAUUAUGUAA